AUGUUGUCGCGCGGCUCGGACACGGACGGCGAGGAGCAGCAGCAGCAGAAGCCUCUUCUUCACCGCGGACGUAAGGACAACAUCCAGCGGGCUCCAGCAUGCUGCUCGGCGCGCUACGGCCUGGCUCUGCUGUCGUCUUUCGGCUUCUUCGUGGUCUACUCGCUGCGGGUCAACCUGAGCGUGGCCAUGGUGGACAUGCUCAACACCACCCACCGACCGCAACACAACCAUAGUAGCUCCGUGUGUCCCGCCCACGCUAGCCCCGCGCGGCCCAAACAUAACCAGACCGCUAGCGUGUACGACUGGGACUCUGAGACACAAGGCUGGAUCUUGGGCUCCUUCUUCUACGGUUACAUCAUCACCCAGAUUCCCGGAGGCUACCUGGCAGGCCGCUGGGGGCCCAAGUGGCUGAUGGGAUUGGGGAUCCUGGGCACGGCGGUGUUCACGCUGCUCACUCCCGCGGCCGCCGACUUGGGCGCGAGCUACCUCAUCGCCGUCCGGGUCCUGGAAGGUGUCGGAGAGGGCGUGACCUUCCCCGCCAUGUAUAGCAUGUGGGCAGCAUGGGCGCCACCGCUGGAGAGGAGCCGUCUUCUCACCAUCUCCUACAUAGGAGCCCAGAUCGGGACGGUGGUCUCACUCCCGCUGUCGGGGGAAAUAUGCUUCUACCUGGACUGGACCUACGUCUUCUACUUCUUUGGUGCGGUGGGCCUGUUGUGGUUCGUUUUGUGGACCUUCCUGGCCUUUGACAGUCCCAGCAGUCAUCCCUGGAUCUCACAACGGGAGAGAAGCUACAUCCUGAGCUCGCUGAAGAAUGAGCUGUCGCCAGAGAGGGGGCACAUCCCCUGGCGAUCCAUCGUGACGUCCUGUCCGCUGCUGGCCAUUGUGGUGGCUCACUUCUCGUACAACUGGACCUUCUACACUCUGCUCACGCUCCUGCCAACCUACAUGAACGACAUACUGGGCUUCAGCAUACAGCAGAACGGCUUGCUGUCCGCACUUCCUUACCUGGGCUGCGCGACGUUGGCCGUGCUGUGCGGUCAGCUGGCCGACUACCUUCGGGAAAAGCGCCGCUACUCCGCCGUGGCGGUCCGAAAGUCCUUCACCCUCGUGGGGAUGAUCGGACCGGCCGCGUUCCUGGUGGCGGCCGGUUACACGGGUUGCAACUACACCUUGGCCUUGACCUUCCUCACCGUCUCCUCGUCGUUGGGCGGCGCGUCGGCGUCCGGCUUCAACAUCAACCACCUGGACAUCGCUCCCUCAUACGCCGGAAUCCUGCUGGGCAUCACCAACACUUUCGCCACCAUUCCUGGCAUGGUGGGACCAGUCAUCGCACGAAACCUCACUGUCAAUAACACGAUGGAAGAAUGGCAGACCGUGUUCUACAUAGCGGCUGCCAUCAACCUGUUUGGUGCCACCUUCUACACCAUCUUUGGAAGAGGCAACGUGCAGCCUUGGGCCAUUAACGCCAACACGUACUCGCGCGGAGACUGA